CGCUCCCUCCUUGCCAUGCCCCGGGUCACCUCGCUGCUGCCCGCCCUGCUGUUCGUUCUCCUGCCGGGCCCGAGCCGGGGGUACUUCCCCGAGGAGCGCUGGAGCCCCGAGUCCCCGCUCCUCGCCCCCCGGGUCGUCAUCGCGCUGGUGUGCCGCAACUCGGCGCACUCCCUGCCGCUGUUCCUCGGUGCCGUUGAGCGCCUCAACUACCCGAAGGACCGCAUUGCGCUAUGGGUGGCGACAGAUCACAACAUAGACAACACCACAGCCAUCCUGAGAGACUGGCUCAUCAAGGUGCAGAAUUACUAUCACUAUGUGGAGUGGAGACCUGAAGAUGAACCCAGUGCCUUUGAGGAUGAGGUGGGGCCUAAGCACUGGAAUAAUCUCCGUUAUGAACAUGUGAUGAAGCUCCGUCAGGCCGGGCUGGACAGCGCCCGCGAGAUCUGGGCCGACUACUUCCUGGUUGCUGACUGUGACAACCUGCUCACCAAUCAGGAUGUGUUGUGGAAACUGAUGAUGGAGAACAAGACCAUUGUGGCUCCCAUGUUGGAGUCCAGAGCUGCCUACUCCAACUUCUGGUGCGGCAUGACUUCCCAGGGUUACUACAAGCGCACACCGGCCUACAUGCCCAUCCGUAAGCAGGAGCGUCGUGGCUGUUUUGAUGUGCCCAUGGUCCACUCUACCUACCUGGUGGACCUCCGGAAAGAGGCCUCUCGUCAGCUGGCGUUUUACCCGCCGCACCCGGAGUACAGCUGGGCCCUGGAUGAUGUCAUCGUCUUUGCCUACUCAGCUCGCAUGGCGGAUGUGCAGAUGUAUGUGUGCAACAAAGAAACAUAUGGGUACUUCCCGGUGCCGGUGCGCUCCCUUGCGACCCUGCAGGACGAGACGGAGAGCUUCUUGCACACGCAGCUCGAGGUCAUGGUGAAAAAUCCUCCACUGGAGCACUCCAGUUUCCUGUCUCUUCCUCCCAAGCAGCCUAACAAGAUGGGCUUUGAUGAGGUGUUCAUGAUAAACCUGGUGAAGAGAUCUGACCGUCGUGAGCGCAUGCUAAGAACUCUGUACGAGCAGGAGCUCAGCUGUAAGGUUGUCGCUGCUGUGGAUGGCAAAGCUCUGAACUUGUUGGAGAUCGAGUCUAUGGGGAUUAAGAUGCUUCCAGGCUAUAAAGACCCUUAUCAUGGUCGACCUCUCACCAAGGGUGAACUGGGUUGUUUCCUCUCUCACUACAACGUGUGGAAAGAGAUCGUGGACCGUGGCCUGCAGACUUCACUGGUCAUCGAGGACGACCUCCGCUUCGAGGUAUUCUUCAAACGUCGUCUCCAGACUCUCCUGCAGGAGGUGACGACACACAAGCUGGACUGGGAUCUCAUUUACAUCGGACGGAAGCGCAUGCAGGUGGCCCAUUCGGAGAAGCCUGUACCCAACAUACACAAUCUGGUGGAGGCGGACUACUCCUACUGGACGCUCGGCUACCUGUUGUCACUACAAGGAGCUCAGAAGCUCCUCAUGGCCGAUCCUCUGACCAAGAUGCUCCCCGUUGAUGAGUUCCUCCCUGUCAUGUAUGACAAACAUCCAGUUUCAGAGUACAUGAGACACUUUGAGAGUCGGGACCUGCACGCCUUUUCUGCCGAGCCUCUCCUGGUCUAUCCGACCCACUACACUGGAGACCCUGGCUACAUCAGCGACACGGAAACUUCUGUGGUUUGGGACAACGAAACAAUCACAACUGACUGGGAUCGAGCCAGGUCGAGGAAAACUCAGGAGCAGGAGGAGCUGAGCUUUGAGGCCCAGAACUCUGACGUGCUGCAGUCAGAACUGGAGAACUGGAGCACACGGGACGAGCUGUGAAUGGAGGGGGGGGGGAGAGAUGGAAGAUAGACAAAGCUGUGAUCACUAGAGGCUAUGGAUGAGAGGGAAGGAGUAAAACAGAAAGCAAGAGAGGGAGAUAGGCAGAGCAGAUGGGUACAAGGCUGAUCGAGGACAAACAAGGAAAUGCUUUUCCUUGUUUGUUUCUCUCUCGCUCCUCUGUUUCAUCUUUCUCUAACGAGAGAGGGUUAGAUGUAGUGAUAACUCUUGUAAAUUCAGCUAGCAGCUUUUGUUUUAAUUAUUGCAUCCAACGCACAGCCCUUGACCACAGUCUGGUCCUUUAAACAAUUCCAUUAUUUUUAUUAAACAUUUGAUCAGAUUUGUCCCAAUUGAUUUUUUAAAUAAAUCCCUUAUUAGGAGAUUUUCCUAAACAAAGAGAGGUUUUAGAAAUGCAGUAUUUCCUCUAACGUGUUUAGAAAUAACUGCUGGUAACAUUUCAUCUCUCCAGCAUAAUUUCCCAUUACUGGAUGGGAAAGUAUGCAAUUAUGUAGCAGCCAAUUCCAAUACAGCUGAAGAUAUUAGGGACUAACUUCCGACGUAAAAAAAACAACAGAAAACCCACCCAACAUGUGUCCAUACUGCUUGUGUGGUGUCAUCAGAGUUUUCAGAAGCCCUGACAUUUAUAUUCGACUCAAAACGAGGCCAUUGACACCAUGUUUAAUGUCACCCUUGAAACUCCAGGAGUGUCUUGUGGACUCAAACACAUCACCCACCCUUCCCAUCGGCAUAGCGGUGAGUAGAUAAUAAGUGAAUUAUAAUUUUGGGGUGAACUAUCCCUCUAAACUUACCAUAUAGAAGCUGCAGUAUGGUUUGUGUUUAAAAUGAGUAACCAGAAAAACAAAACAUUACUUCUUUUUUUUUAAGAAAACAAGUUUCAAAGUAACUUUUUAUGUACGGUGCUUUUUCUCUAUCUUAGUGGCUCCCACCCUGGCUUUUGAAUACUUUGAAGAAACAAAUUACUUUUUUCAAUCUCUUAUCACCAGAUGCUUAUAUCCGUAUUACCAGGACAUUACAAGGACUUUUCUUGAUUUAUUUUUAUAAUAAUCAGAAUGACAGACAAACUAAUUACAACUUCAAUCUGUUAUUUUCUGUCUCUCCUAUUUAGUUGUUCCUCUUGUGACCCCUCACAUUUAUGUUGUGACACCUUACCCCCCGAUCCAUAUGUUGGAAAUCACUCUUCUUCACCUCUUUUUAUUAACUUUAGCUGAGAGACGCCAGUGUGUUAUUUAUUAUACAUUACUUAACCUUUCUUAUGUUUUUCCCUCGUGUUUGUAUCACUUCAAAAACAGCAGUUUGUGUCAGUGUCAGUAUUUUCUAACACGCCAUAUGUUGCAGUUUUGAAUGAAACUUUUUGCUUUUGUUGCAUAUUGAUAAAAAAAACAACUUAUUUUUUCUCAAUGUAUUCCUUCUUUUUCUUCCAUACUUUUUUCUUUUUUACCAAAGAACGAAUAAAAACUUUUAUAUUGAACGUC